AGAUUUUUAUCUUGAGCAAAUGGCGGUUGCGGGAUUCCGGGAUGGCUGACGACGUGCUGGAUAUCCUGUCAUCCUUGUCGCCUCCAUCCGCUUCUUCACCCUCGGCGCCUUACGACCUCCGCUCCGAAGCGCGCUCGGAAGAUGGACAGCUCACGCCAACCUCGGAGCCAGCCUGCAGGACCAAGAGCAUCGUUCUGAUUCGCCAUGGGCGGUCCAGCUGGAACGAGUUCCUUGGUGCGCACAAGCGCGCCCAAUGGGAGGAGCAGGAGCAGAAACGCCAAGCCUCCGCCAAAGGGCCGGGCGGCAUGCGAAACGUGCUCCGGUCCAUGGUGGGUCGUGAAGGCAACCCUGCGGGCUAUCCGCCUUCCAACUCCGACCUGCUCGACCUUGGAGAGGACCCCGGAAAGCAAAGCUCUGGGGGCUUCUGGCAAGGAGUGCGCGGCGGCUUGAAGCACGUGGGCAACGCCCUGAACCACGCGGGCAAGCUGAACCAGGUUGACCACCCGCUGAGUGCCGGAGGCCUGACGCAGGCCAGACAGCUGCGGCAGCAGAUUGCAGCCCUGGCCGAGGGCGACAGCGUCGAGGCUUCGGCCGCCAUAUUGCUUCAGUGCAGGAGAUGGUACAUCUCUCCGUUUCUGCGAGCUUUGCAGACUGCGGCCUACGCCUUGUCCCCCCUGCGGCGCCUGGCGGCUGCACAAGGGCAGCCCUUGCAGCUCCGCGUAACACCGCAGGCGAACGAGAUCGUUCAGACCUCCAUGUCGCUGGACUGUCAGGGCAAAAAGGGCAAUGUGGGCUUCAGAGUCGUCACUCGGGCGGUCUGCAAGACCGCCGAGACUUUGGAGGAGGAAGAGGACGACGUGGCUCAGGCAGUGUCAGAGAGGCAGCAAGAGUUGGCAGAUGUCACUGCGACCCUUUGCGCCCUUGACAUCUCAGAGAUUGCGCAGGUGUGGUGGACCGAGGUGAGCUCUUUCAAGAAGGAACACCUCAGGGCGGAGGACAAGCGAGUCAAGAGUCUGGUGAAGCGCAUCCUCGUGGAGGACGAGGAGCCCAUUGUCGGCCUGAUCGGGCACUCCAUCCUCUUCAAGCGGAUGAUCCAGCUCUUUUGGCCCAAAGAAGCGCGUCGCCAGGAGGAGAUCAGAGCUGCCCUACGGAACGGGGCAGGCGACACAAUCGACCCCUUUGAUGACAAGGUGAUGAACUGCGGGACGCUGGUCCUAACCUUCAGAUAUUCUUCUGGAGGCGCUGAGAUUAUCAAGGCGGCCUUCCUCUUCGAUGGCCAUAUGGAGUCAGCUCUGGGUCCUGCGGGCCAGACUCAGGACCCGGAUGAUGUGGAUGUACAAGACGUUCCUGAGCCUCCGCGGUCCUCAUCACCAGGUUUUCUGUAGAAAUUCGAAUCCAGGAGCGAG